AUGGCGCCCCAGCACAUGCGCGACGUUCUCCCCUUCCCCGUCCCCCAGACUGCCACCCAGACCCUCGCCACGCUCGCCGGCCUGGGCGCCUCAGCUUGGCUCUUAAAGCUCAUCGUCCGACAUAUCCUCCUCCGCGCCCCGGCAAAACGCUCGCACAAAUCCACGUCAUCUUCCGGCCCGCACUUCGCAGCAAUGGGCGACGACAUCAAGCAGAAGCUCCAGGAGCGGCCUGUCCUCAUCGUGGGCGGUGGUCUGGCUGGUCUCGUCGCGGCGUUCGAGCUUUCGGAGCGCGGCGUCCCGACUAUUAUUAUCGACCAGGAAAAUGAGGCGAACCUGGGCGGCCAGGCCUUCUGGUCGCUGGGCGGUAUCUUCUGCGUCGACUCGACAGAGCAGCGUCGCAUGGGCAUCAAGGACUCCAGGGAGUUGGCGAUGAGGGAUUGGUUCGGUUCGGCAGCUUUCGAUCGGGAGAAGGAAGACACGUGGCCUAGGCGCUGGGCGGAGGCAUUUGUCAACUUCGCGACAGACGAAAUGGAAGCAUAUGUAAAGGCGAGGGGCAUGGGAUUCCUGUUCAACGUCGGAUGGGCGGAGAGGGGAUCGGGUAGGGCGGAGGGACAUGGCAAUUCGGUGCCUCGUUUCCACGUCACAUGGGGCACCGGCCCGGAGGUUGUGAGAGUCUUUGCCGAGCCGGUGAAGCGUGCGGCGAAGAAUGGUGUCGUGCAGUUCCGAUUCCGACACCGCGUAGACGAACUCAUUGUCGACGAUACCGGCCGCGCGAUCGGCGUGCGAGGAAAGGUUCUGGCGCCAGAUGAUUCCGCCCGCGGAGUCAAGUCUAACCGUGAAGUCGUCGGCGACUUUGAAAUCCUCGGUUCUGCAGUAGCAGUCACCUCUGGCGGAAUCGGAGGCAACGUCGAGGCCGUGAAGGCAGCGUGGCCCGUCGACCGCCUCGGCCCCAAGGUCCCGGAGAACUUCGUCGUCGGCGUUCCCGCACAUGUCGACGGGCGCAUGAUCGGUAUUGCAGAGCAAGUCGGCGCGAACGUCAUCAACCGCGACCGCAUGUGGCAUUACACCGAGGGACUGCAGAACUGGAACCCCAUCUGGCCAGACCACGGCAUCCGCGUUCUGCCUGCCCCGAGUUCCCUCUGGCUCGAUGCCACCGGCAAGCGACUGCCACCUUUCCUGUUCCCUGGCGCCGACACUCUAGCGACGCUGAAGCAUAUUUGCAGCACGGGAUACGAUUACACUUGGUUCAUCCUCGACCAGAGCAUCAUCGCGCGCGAGUUUGCCCUGUCCGGCUCAGAGCAGAAUCCUGACGUGACUGGGAAGAGCGUUUGGCAGCUGCUGACCCGCGUCUUUGGCAAAAAGGGCACGGUACCUGUGCAAAACUUCCAAAAGUACGGCAAGGAUUUCGUCGUGAGGGAUAACCUCCCGGAUCUGGUCCAGGGCAUGAAUGAGCUACAGCGUCAGCGUGGCGGACCUGUGCUGGAUCUCGCUGAUAUCCAGGAGACGAUCGAGAUCCGCGAUGGGCAGUUCGAUAACCCUUACUCCAAGGACGCGCAGGCGAUGCUCAUCAACAACGGACGGACGUACUGGGCCGACAAGCGCAGCCGUAUUGCGCCGCCGCAUAAGCUGCUCGACAAGGCCCACGGCCCGUUGAUCGCGGUACAAAUGAACCUACUGACCCGCAAGACGCUCGGCGGCAUCGAGACGAACCUGGAGAGCAACGUCAUGAAGGCCAACGGCGAGAAGUUUCCCGGUUUGUAUGCCGCAGGCGAGGCCGCUGGUUUCGGUGGCGGAGGUGUGCAUGGAUACAACAGUUUGGAGGGCACAUUCUUGGGAGGAUGCAUCUUUUCCGGAAGAGCGGCCGGCCGUGGCAUUGCAGAUGAGUUGCUGGGACCAGCCCAGGAGAAGGGCACGAGGUCACUCUUGUAG